AUGGUGUCUUCAAUCUUCGUCCUGGUUGGAGCUGUGAUCGCCUACGGCGUCUACUCCUACGUCGCCGGCCUACAGCGCAACAUCGCCGAGGCGAAGAAGGUCGGCUUGCCCUAUGUCGUUACCCCUGCCUCGCCCUUCUCGAUAGUAUGGCAGCUCACCCAUAAGUUCUGGAUUCCCAUCAUCAAGAUCCUCCCUAAGUCUUGGUGGGAAAACUGGUUAGAGAUCCUGAUUCCGAACUGGUCCUACAACUUGCUCCACAAGCCUUUUGCGCGCAUCGGCGAGACUUUCAUGGUGGUAUCACCCUUUCAGAUCCUCAUCCUGACCGACAGCGCCGAAGCUAUCCAUCAGAUCACGCAACAGCGCGACAAGUUCCCUAAGCUAGUCGAGACGUACGCGAUCCUGAAGCAGUUCGGCGACAAUGUUCUGACCACCGAGGGUGUGGUGUGGCGUAUGCACCGAAAGGUUACGUCCGCCACCUUCAACGAGAAGAAUGCUGCCCUCGUCUUCGCCGAGUCCAUCAAACAGGCCCAGAGCAUGACGCAGAAGUGGCUUGGCCCAGACGGCCGGAGCAGGCAGACCGUCGAGACGCUGGAUCACGACACCAUGCGUCUCGCGCUCAACAUCAUCAGCUAUGUCGGGUUCGGCAUGCGCCUGCUCUGGCCGGGGCAGGCGCUGCCCGAGGGCACGGAUCCGAAACUCGUAAAGUACAGCUCGCUGGAGGCGCCUCCGGGCCACAUCAUGAGUUUCGUCGACGCCAUUGCCGAGAUGCUAGAGCAUAUCCUGGUCCUGCUGCUGGUGCCACACAAGAUCCUGAAGAUGCUGCCCUUCAAGUACACAAAGAAGGCGAUCGAUUCGCACGACAGCUACGUGCAGUACAUUGACGAGCUGAUGCAGGACAAGAUCGAGGACUUGCAGAACGGCGAUCGCGGAGACGCCGGUAUGGACCUCAUGGGCCAGCUCGUGAGGUCCAAGUAUGGCGACGUGGCGGCCCACGGCGGUAUCAACGGAGUGCUGUCCAAGUCCAAGGUCCCGCAGCUGUCCAAGUCGGAGAUCUCGGGCAACACGUUCAUCAUGCUUGUCGCGGGACACGAGACGACGGCAAACGCGAUGCAUUUUGGGUUGAUCGAGAUCGCCUGCAACCCCGCCGUGCAGAGACAGCUACAGAAGGACAUCGAUGGCAUAUUUGGCGACAGCGACCCGAGCACGUGGAACUACGAAAGCACGGUGAACCCCAUGCUUGCUUCGAUGCUGGGCGCGUGCAUGAACGAGACGCUGAGAAUGACGCCGGCCGUGGUCGAGAUCCCCAAGAAGGUGAACCCCGAGGGUGACGGCAUCAUCUCGCUCGACGGAGAGAAAUAUGUGCUGCCCAAGGGCGCGCACAUCUCCCUUGUGGGCGUGGCGGCGCACCGCAACCCGCGGAACUGGCCAUCGAAGCCGAGCAGAGUGACGAGCGCGGAACACGACCUUGACGACUACGCGCCGGAGCGAUGGUACCGUGCCAGCCCCAACGAGACGGCGACAGAGGACAAGAGCGGCGGCGACACGGAGGACUACGGCGGGUACAAGGGCUCGGACACCAGCGACAAGAUGUUCCGGCCGGUGCGGGGGUCUUACGUCCCCUUCUCGGACGGACCGCGGUCGUGCCUCGGGCGUCGCAUCGCACAGGUGGAGAUCAUCGCUGCCCUUUCCGUUGUAUUCCAGCGGUAUAGCCUCGAGCUGGCGGUGGACGAGUGGGCGUCGGAUGCCGAUGUCGAGGCCAUGGACCGGGCAGAGAGGCAGAAGCUGUACAGAAAGGCACAGGACAAGUGCCGGGAGACUGUCAGGAAGGCAUCGACAAUGCUGACGCUGAAACUGCCACAGGGGACGAGCGUCCCGAUACGGAUCGUGCCGAGAGGGGAGGAGAGGUUUGUCAAUUUUGUUGACUCUGCUUAG